AUGGGAGCGCGGCUGUGUCUGGUGGCGCUCUCGCUGCAGGCUCUGGUGCUGACGGCGCGCGGGGCGAAGCCCCACAGGCGGUCGAUGCCUACACAACAGUCAUUACCGGUAUCAAAAGGCGGUUGGAGGCCAGUCGUCGGGUCAGGCGGUCUGGUCUUCGGAUUCGGCACCGCGCCGCUGCACGCGCCGUAUAAGAUCCCCGUACAGUUCGACUCGUACCCCUCGUCUGCACGUCCACUCACCGCGAGGGACGCAACGAAACUCACAUCCAUCGCGCAGUCCUACCGCCCAACCACCCUCCGCACCGUCGCAGCUUCCCCCGCUGCGAGUCAACCUAUCAGCUCUUACCUCAACCCAUUCUCCUUGCCCAAUAAUGGGUUAACCCACUACAAGUACGUCCAAAACUUCCCUGUCGACAGCGUCCUUAUAAGGAACCCUCAUAACCCUUACGCCGCUCGGCCGGUGUUCGCCAAACCGUAUCCUACGAAACAAUCCUAUCACAAACAGUUCAACCUGCAGCAAAUCCCGAACCUCCAACCCAUCCAAUUUAACAUUCCCUCACAAAAACCCUUGGACGUGUUUGCUAAGCCUGUCAAUGGGUACGCUAAGCCGACCGACACGAAGACUGCUCAGUCGGGUAACACUGAGAUCUACAAGACGGAGGUGUACAAGCUACAGGACAGCGACUCGUCACAGCAACAGGUCAACCAGCAGCAAGUUAAGACGGCACAACAAUCGCUCGUCACCCCAAAGAUUCCUGUCAGUCCGUACCCUCAAUACCAAUAUCAAGAUGCUGUCUUGCCACCGGGCAUUUUAGGAACAUUUGGCUCGUUUGGCGUACAGUCGGUGAAAGCUCGAGACCCGCUGUUCCCGACCAAGACAACUUUCUUCCCGCCACAGACCACGAAACAGACGCUAUUCAACUCGUUUAGUUUCGCACCAAACUUCAAGACCACCCCCACGUUCGUUUCGACAACACCUAAGCUGCAGACUACAUCGAACCAAAUUCAAUUCGGUUCCACUUGGAAUGACUUUAAGAAUGUUGCCACACAGCCCCCCAAGCCGGCAACUCCAGCCAAAAUAGAUCCUAAUACUAACAAGGGAACGUUCAAACCAAGCCCGCAGGAUCCUUUCAUAGUAAACAAAUACCACUCGGAUUACAACAAGGUAUCGACAUAUAACCCAUCGGUCCAGACUACAACGUUUGCUUACAGCAACUAUCACGACUAUUACCCGGCUCAGCAGAACGCGCAAGCUCUGAACUACUACAAUAAUCAACAAACUGUCAAUUCCAAUUAUGAGAAGAAACAGAAGAUACACGCUCACGACAGUGUCGCAGCCGGAGUGAACCAGCAAACUUCGCAGCAGUACGCCAAUCCACCCAAGAAGACGGAGGUGGAAAGUGUUCCUAACACCGUCCCGUUCCGAGCGACAUACGAAGUAACCGAAACCUACGAGACUGAUGAAGUCACGAACUCGUCCCCACAAUCAUGGCCCGCAUCCUCAGAAGCGUACAACCAGAAGACAACUGAAGAAGUAGUGACAAAGCCGGAGUACGACACGUACAGCAAACCAACAACUCCCCUGUCGGACAUCCCCGAAGAAGUCGCUAUCGUCACCGAAGGCGAUAAAGGCUAUGACAACUCUUUGAGCUACGACAGCCAGCUCGAAUCUCAAAGCAGGCGGCCUCUAGGCGAUGACUUCGAACCAAUCGGCAAGCACAAGCUCAAGGAAUACUACUACAGAGUGUCGACACCGACGUACGACAGUCAUUCUGGACGACGAACGAAGAAACCGACAGAAUCGUCGAAAUAUUCGGUUCAGGAGGUGACAACUUCUUUCAACUCAAAUAAGGAGAACAAUGAAGCUGAAAUUCUUCCGACAUUGCCUCCAAAUAAACACUUCAAGCGCCCUAGCACACCGGCGCCAGAACCCGCUGAUAAGGACAGGGUUAGGAAGAGGAACAAGAUCAGGAGACGCCGACCUCCGCUAGCCAAUGGCAACCGUGAUAAAGAAGGCACCACGCGGAGAUACCAAUCCUCCACUGAACCUAAUUAUUCCAAUGACGACGUUCACACCAUCAGACCUAGAGUUAGACCGACACAGUCUAAACCCAAUCUCACCACACCGACGACCAGCGCCGUUGACGUAACUACAAGCGCUAUACCAACCAUUUCACCUACUAUUCCAACAAUCGUCAAGAAAAAGCUGGUCCAUCGUCGACCAUACACUACAACUACAGAAAAACCAGAAACCACAACCGUUUUAAACCAAGAAACAAACAAGGAAUCACCUAUAAUGAAAAUUUCAGCAUCAUCCAGAAUUUCGUUCCCGAAGACAACACCUACAUCUUAUGACAUACCAGACUAUACACACAAACAAGAUGAAAAAGAUACACCAACGAGCGACAUUGCUGUUAGUCUGACUGAUACUCUCAAAACCACCAGUAAAACAGAAAGUUCCAAAACAUUCUCUUUCCAUAGAGACGCAAAACCCGUAGAAGCUAAAUUGGAACCUAUAAUAAGAGAAGUAUUUACAACGGAAUCCACAAAAGACGUGAGUAGUGAAGUAAAUGAAGUAACCACUACACCUCGCAUUGAAACCACGUCCACCUCAGGUAAAGUGUCGAGGCCGAGACUGAAGAACAAAUUCGGAAGACCUGGAUUCAGCGUCAAAGACUAUAGAAAUCGGUUAAGCUCCACUACUAGUACUGAAAAGCCGGCAGAGAGCCCGGCGCCUAAAAUCAGAUUUCCGAACAGAAGGAUACCAGUCAGCGAGAAUAAAGUAAAUGAAAACGAGAAUGCAACUGAGAGAAAGAAAUUCACACCAAAGGAUCCGAGACAUAAAAAUGGAUCAGAAAUCAGCGAGGAGACUGAAAAAGAAAUACAUUCUAUCAGACCAAACCGUCAACGGCAGACAACUACAGAAGCUUCAGAUAACGCGCCCACGCAAAAGAUAUCCGCUCGUAUUCGCAACGGAGCACGUCGACCGAAACCUACUGAAGAACCAACGGAAACUUCUACAUCGCCAGUCAGCAAGAGACCUUUAAGGAAGAAAAUCAAAGAUUCAGACAUCGGGGAAUCAGUUCAAGACGUAACGGUGACAGACACGACAGCAAAUUAUGAAAAUAAAAAUGACAUAACAUCUGAGAGAACGCGAUCGGAGAGCGCAAUAAUGAAGAUUGCUGACAAGAAGCAUCAAGAUCAUUUGGAGCAUCUAUUCGAACACUCUAAACGAGUUUCAGACCUGACUCUAGCCGCUAGUAAAGACUACAACACCCCGGGAAUGUUCAAGACAGUCUCCGCGAACAGUAGACGAAUACCCAACUACUUUACGAUAGCUACAGACGAUCCUAUUCUUCCGAUAGAAGCGUUUUUUCCGCAAAUAAAUCAGAAAAAGGAAUCGUAAUGUUCCUAUAAUUUAAGCUUCAAAACCAAAUUCUAUUAGACUGCCAAAGCAAGACGACUAUAGGGUUGAAACAAAACUAUG